AUGUGCGCAGCUAUAAUACCAAUACCAACAGAUUACUCGAAGCUAAUGAUAGCAGCAACCUGCCACUUGGGAGGGCAGAGUCUGAACCAUAAAAUGGCAGAUUACACGUACGGAAGAAGACAGGACAAAGUCUACGUUUUCAACCUGCAGAAGACUUGGGACAAACUCGUCCUGGCCGCCCAGAUGAUCGUGAGCUACAAAAACAGGAAAGACAUUGUCGUUGUAAGCAGCAAGAAGUUCGGAUACAAGCCCGCAGGAAUCUUUGCGCGCGCUGUUGGGGCAACCCACAUCACGACAAACUUCGUCCCCGGAACAUUCACGAACAAGGCCACAAAGGCAAUUGCCGAGCCGCGCUUGAUUGUAACUGUGGACCCUUUCACAGACAAGCAGACCAUAAACGAGGCCUCGUACAUCAACGUCCCGUGCAUAUCCCUGGCGAACACAGACAACGAAAUUGAGCUUAUCGACUGUGUUAUUCCCUGCAACAACAGAUCAGCAACAUCAAUUGGAGCUGUUUUCUUCAUUUUGGGACAGCUUGUUAAGUACAUGCAGGGCGACAUUGAAUUGAGCUCUGAGAUCAGGCUUUUGGUCGACGCAUACUUCUACAGAGACCCAGCAGAGAUAGAGGCAGGGAUCGCAGAGAAGGAGAAGCUGAAAGAGGAAGACAGAGAGAGCGCAGGCGAGUGGGAGGACAAGCCGUCUCAGGAACAACAGGAAUAA